AUGCUGCCAGGAGUUGCAGUGCCAUCUUCUGGCUUUCCUCAAGUAGAGCGGGGCACGCUCUGUGCUGUCACCCUCUUUGGGACCAGAGCUCCAGUAGCAGUUGCAGUUGCCACUAUGUCCACUGCGGAGAUGCUGGCUGCUGGAAUGAAGGGGAAGGGCUUUGCUGUGUUGCAUACUUACAUGGAUCAUCUCUGGGAAUAUGGUGACAAAUCUUAUCCUCCUACCUUAGCUCCCUUGGUGACAGAUUCUGCUGAAAAGGAGAGUGCUGAGGAUGAGGAAGAAACAGAGGGGAAAGAGCCUGUCAUCAGCUUCUCCACUGACCCAUUGAGCACGCAGCACAUGGACGUUGGUGAUUUGAGCCUGAAGGAGCGAGGCGGUUGUGCAGUACUGACGGGAACGGAGGAACUCCAUGAGAACAGAGCUGCAGACACAGCUGAAGGUGCCAACACAGAGGUUCAGCAAAAACACAAUAGGACUCCACAAGAGCAAAUGGAUGCAUCAUUUAAUCAGUGCUUUUUUCAUGCCUUAAAAUGCAAAGUAAAGAAGUCGGAUCUCCCUCUGCUUACCAGCACGUUUCUACGCAGCCAUAUGUUCUCAUGCUGCCCUGCUGGACAGCAACUGGACAUAAAGAAAUCAAGCUAUAAGAAGUUCUCUAAAUUCCU